CGGAACAGCACAACAAGAACCAGGACCUGCGCCUGCGCCUGGACUGGCCCUGGACCUGGCCCUACCACCGACCUAUGUAAACAGAGCUCCAAGCUUCCCGUCACUUCACUGCUCUUCACUCCUCCGUAGGUAGCUAUUAUAGCUGCCCACUUGCCUCACGACGCUAUCAGAACCUCCGUCCUGGCUUUGCAGCUUCAUCACUGUCACUUUCACCACCACACCCUCACCUCCACCACCAUCAUCAGCAGCUUGCUCGACCUUCACCUUGCAGCAGUUCGGCUUUGCACUCCUCGCUCACAGGACGAUGUCUUGCGCCGCAGUUCUGCCCUCAUCGAGUGUACAGUCAUGACCAAGCUCUAUUGUCGCCAACAGCCAGGAUUUCGCUCACAAUGGCUCCCCCACCAGUAAUUACGCCUUCGACUCCUCGGCGGAAUACACCACGAGCUUCACAUCUGCGACAGGUCAGCAACGGCAGCUCGGAAACUACGAUCAUGAGCCGCCCAACGACUGCGGCAUCAGAUACUGGGACCAUCCAGCAUGAUCCAAUUCCCCCGAGACUGGUGAUUGAAAGAAAGUGUGUUCUGUGGGUUCAUGACGAAGGCUUCUCUAAGGAGGAUGUCGUUCUCAAUCUCGACUUGUUUCCCGAGGUCAAAGCCGGGGAUCUCAUGGCCAUCGUGCCGUUGAAGCCGGAGUCCGGGCUGCGGGAUUUCCAGGAGAGGUCGCAGACAGUCAAGAGAGAUUCAGAUACACUCUCGACAUCGAUGCAGAGAGAGCGGAGCUCGUCCAAUCCCAGAAGUCCAGGUACAUCCAAUGGCAACUCAAAGAGACAUGGGAGUGAUGCGAAACAUGACCCUGAUCUCCGGCAUCGCUAUGUACUUAUUGCCCGGGACAUGCCGAAAGACAUGAAGGCCAAGCAACCUAACCUCGAGGUCUCUAUCGCAAAGCAUAUUGCAGAUGCUUUCAGUCUAAAGGCUAGAUCUCAUGUCUUACUUUCCACGACCGAUGCAGCACAGAACUCUGCAUCCCAUGUGGAAAUGUCAUUUAAGGAUGAAUAUCUGGCAAGGUCUGACAUGUGGAGAUUGGCUGUUGCUGAACUUAGCAACAAAACGGUCUUUAAGGGUCAGAAGAUUCUCUUUAUGGGUACAAUUAAAGCUCAAGUGACUGCUGUUUACGUCGACGGUCGAAAGGUUCAAAGUGCUCUAUUCUCCACAAAUUCGAAGCCAAUCUUUCGAAGUGAAUCUGCUCGUUAUGUCUUAUUUAUUCAAAUGUCGAAGGAGAUGUGGGACUUCGAUUCGGAGGGAUCUGGUGAAAUCAUGUUCAACAAAGUUGUCAAUGGCUUCCUCCCAGCACUCUUCAAGAAAUGGGCAUCGCUCAAGGCGAAACAUCUCGUCAGUAUUGUACUCUUCACGAGGAUGGAAUAUGAUACUGGAAUUGCAUCCGAGCUGGUAACGAGUACCCAUGAUAGUUCGUAUCAUACCGGCGUUCAAGCAGAUGCAAACAAGAAGCCUUACAAAGACUUCUACAGAGUAGUUGUCAGCGAGAUGGCAAGCGGCUCAUGGACCACCAUCCUAUACCAACUGAAGCGUGAGUUCAAAUCAUUCCGCAGGGACAUCUCCCUGCAUCGUAUUAAUACCGUGAACUCUGUCGAGUUAUCUCCCGAAAUGAACACUGGCAGCAGCGUCCUUGGUACUCGUAUCGAAGCCGAGCCAUCCCUGGCCAUGCAUGGAAAUGUUCUUGAGGCUAUCAACCUUGCUUCACAGCAGUUCUCUCACGACUACAUUGAUCGAGAUCUCAUGCGAACCGGUAUCUCAAUUGUAGUUAUCACGCCUUGCCCGGGCCUUUUCGAAGUCGACUAUGAAACCCUGAGAAUGACGACAGAAAACCUUACCGGAAAUGGCAUUGGCAUUGACCUUGUAUGCUUACCAAAGAUGCCCUUGCAUUCUGUCCCUUUGUUCAGAUAUCGAAAUCCUCAAUAUGCUACCUUUCAAGAAGCUCUGCAUUUCAAAUCGCUUCGAAGCGAAGAUAGUACACCUCGCCAGAACGCGGCCAUUUUUGGAAGCAGUUUCUCGUCACUGAACGAAUCCUUGUCUCCAAACAAAUCGGCGUACCGUGAACGAACUGCUCGUGCUGGGUCCUUUGGCGCAAUCCAACCUCCUAGUGAAUGGUCGUAUGCCAUUCCGCAUUGGCUUGAUGUCUCCUUCUGGACGGGGGCGUCGCAAGAUCUCCGUCUCACAAAUCCAUCCGCAAAGACCAAGAAACGGCUUUUCAGGACCACACCUGUGCAACGUACUCCUGAUUUUGAAGUUCGAUGCAAGAUGUAUGAAAUGGAGAUGGCAAGCGUCAUGGAAAAUGUGAUGACAGAAAUUGCCGUCACGCCGCUGCAGCAUGAUGCCUUAUUCCCACAGAUGAUUUUGGGGCCACGAGAACCGCCCGGCAAAAAACAAGUUCCUGAUCGAGAGGUACAAUCAGAGACAAUCAGAAGGGACAGAGUCUACGGAAGUUUAUCUGAAUUCGUUAGUGGUCCAUCAAAGCCGCUGACAGAUAGGCACUCUUCCCAAGAGGACGAGAGAUUCUACAGAGCCCUGGAGACCUUUGAUGUUACAAGAGCUGAGCUUCUAGAAGACUUUCCGGAUGCUCGAUAUGGCGUAGAUACUAAAAGGUAUUUCAAGACAGGCAGUGAAGAGGCAGCCAGGGGCCUUCUCGCUGAAGAUCCCAAAGUAUUUGGGACUUCAUACAGUCAUGACAUCGGAGCUUCAAAGAGAACCAGUUUCUUGUCACGGCCAGCUUCCGCAAAGAGUAGCCAGGACUCCAAGCUCACAGGAGAAACAACAAAACCUCGGAAGGAGAGCAUCGCCAGCACUCUGACUGGCAAUUCGCGGGCGUCGCCUGUCAGACCAGGCAAAUUUGGACGUCAGAUCAGCCUCGGCAAAUUUGGAUUUGGCAUUGCUGCCCCCAAGGCCGCAACUGCUGAAAUUCAGAUUGAACAUGCAAGUGCAGGGAAGCCGACAUCCCGAACUCCAAACUCCCAAAAUCCCAAAAUGAACGGGGGAGCUGAAGUUGCAAGCCAAUUACUUGCCGCCAAGAAUGUUCACGGUCUUGAUAGGCCAUCAUCAUCCUAUGGUGACCAGUCCAAAUUGAAAGCCGAAGCCUCUGCAGCAGAGAAGAUUGGAACGCGGGAUGAGAUUGACACUGAAAGUCUAGAGUCAACUCGGCCUAUAACCAUUAGAAGUGCCUUGCAGUCAUUGGAUUCAACAAAUCAAUUUAAGUCGCGAUCAGUUCUCGGAUCCUUGUAUGAGGUAGCUGACCGGCGCGAUGAUGAUCGCCUUUUACACACUGUGCGACAUGACGACAAUCAGAAACUAUACAACUCAAAGUUACUUGCCGGAUCGGUUCCAGAGCUACCUGCAACGCUAUCUCCAACAAAAGCUUUGUCCCCCUGGCUAACCGUGUUGAAUCCAUCGAAUCCAGCUGCUAAUAUCUCAACUGGACCAAGUUCCUAUCGGCGAUGGCAGCAUGUUUUCCCUCGGCCAGUCUUAACAAAGACGAUGAAAUGGAAAUCUCUUUGCUCUCCGGCAUCAGUACCUCUGACGACCGAGUACUUCCCUACAAAACAUCAGCUCGAUACAGAAUACCAACAAAAACCAUACAAUAUAUCUCAAAACCCCGAGGAAGACCUGAACGAGGUACCAAAAGAUCGGGAAGAGCUCCUCAGGGAACUUGUUAGCUUACGUCUUUCCCAUGGCUUCCAGAUAGUUGUGGGGCCUGCCGUGGCUCAUGCCUUUGGUCAGAAAUCCAUGAAGAUUGCAAAUGUUUUCGACCCUGGACGCAUUGCGGAAGAUGGAGCCAGCGUAUUCAUGUCAAUGGGAAACAUAAUCCAUCAACUAUCAUGCGUAAAUGAGACUGGGGUUGAGAUCAACAUGUUUAUCCGUAAACCGACUGCGACAGCGACAGGCUCCGGAUCUCUCAUUCCCACGGCUUAUAAUCCGGCCAUUCGAACCACUUUGGCUGAUGAGUUCGCUUCGAGACUUGUUCUACUCGGCAAGCCAAAGGAGGAAUACAAUUGGAAUUACGUGGAUGCUUUCAUUGCUGGCAUCGCUGAGGAGAUGUCGGAGAAUCUACGCUUCUGGAGAGCUCGAUUCGUUUUAAUUCCUGUAGAAAGACCUACUCAGUCGCAGCGGCGUCAGGGAGAAGAUAAUGAAGAGGAAAUCCGGCUAGAGGGCAUAAAGAAACUCACGCAGAUGUGGCAGAGACACAGAGUUCUGACUGCCUCGGAGCGAAGGUUUCAGAGCCUAGGAUCCAGGAAAAUGAAAGAUCCAAAUCCUCUUGACAUUGUUUACAAAACAGAGGAUCCGUCAAUCGUCGUCACUGCUGAAUUGGAGACAUUACCCUUGGUAGAGACUGGGGAUGUGGGUCCUCGACGAGGCUUACUGCUCGAGCACGAACGCUUCCGCAAGUCAAAGCUUGAUAUUGCAGGACUAGCAGAUGCCAUACAGUCACCAGUCGAAAGAGGUGGGGUUCGUAUGCAGAAUCGCAGGUGGCAUUUUCGUCUACACUACAACUGUUUCAUUGGUUCUGAUAUGACUACUUGGCUCAUUGAGAAUUUCGAGGAUGUAGAGACAAGAGAAGAGGCGGUCGAAUUAGGAAAUUUUCUUAUGGCAAAAGACGAACUUCCGAGACAGAGAGAUAAAGAACUGGUAAAAGACACAGACAAAGACAUGGGAAUAUUCGUCCAUGUCGAGAAACGCCACCCGUUCAGAGACGGGCAAUAUUUCUACCAAGUAACGGGCGAGUUUGCGAAACAGCGUCCUGAAAGCCGCAGUGGCUGGUUCGCCACAAAGAGACGAGACAAUUCGAUUCCAUCGACCCCCAUGUCUGAUCAUGUGUUCAGAGACUCUCCGAGACCAGAAAGAUCGAGAUCAAGCUCAAACCACGAUGACAAGUCGACAGACUCCGGGGCAACAACUCCAACGACCCUUGGGGCUGCUGCAAAGCUACCCAAGGUUUCCCUCAGCAAGGUUAUGAAGUACGAUGUUGACCAUCGCAAGCGUUCAUAUCGACCUGAGAGGAUACACUUGCAUUAUGAUCGGCUCCAUAACCCCGACAAUUGCUAUCAUAUUCGAAUCGACUGGAUGGGGGUCACCGCCAAGCUGAUUGAAGAUGCGAUAGGAUCGUGGGCUUCAACGGCAGAGCGGUAUGGUCUGAGGCUCGUUGAGGCACCUAUGGGCGAAGCCUGCUCCAUUACCGAAUUGCACCCAUUUAGAAGCCCAUACAUCAUCGACCUCGUGUGUCAACCUCCAGAUCAGCAGCCCAGGACUUACUUUGAUAUCAAUUCUUUCGGCCCACAGCCACAGUCCAGUCCAGCAAGCCGCCAUUAUUACCAGAAGGCCAUAAUGAAGAAAUUCAAUUUUGUGCUGGAUAUCGAAGCAGCCAAAAACUUCCCAGCAAACGUUGACGUCACGUAUUCUUGGGGCAAGCCGAAUUUCAAGUAUUCGCAGUACAUACACCGAUCUGGAGUGCUGCUCGCACAGAUUACAGACGAAGGAGCCCUCUUACUUCUCGCCAAUCGCCUGUACAACAACCGAACCAUGGUGUCGAGAGAGUCUGACAGGUAUGUCAAGGGCCAUUUGGAUAACAAUACUCGCACCGUUUCCUCUCUCUACGGGCACGGCGUGAUGUCGGAUAAGCCUACUCCUGUCAAUUCUCCUAUGCUCCAUCCUUUCAUGACUAACCUUGGAUCUCCUGUCUUGCGAGCUACUUCUGACGUUUUGGGACCCAGCCUUGCCGGUUCAAAGCUUGUUAAUGCUGUCACGCCUGAGUCUAUUAAGAAUGAACUAGAGUCAUUUUGUCACGAUGGACCAGCUCUGGAGGUGUUUUACAAGGAGGUCUUUGAAAAAGCUACUCCUCCGAGUGCUACACCACCAAAUCUCAGGAGUCCUUACGCUGGUAGCGUUCUUGACUCAAAUAUUCCCACUCUAGGUCUCCCGCCGGGUUUGUUAGCAAGAGAUAGUAGCCCGAGCCCGAUGAGGCUGAGCGGCGUCCCUAUGCCUCCAUUUGGGCGGAGACAGAGUGUACAGAUCGGCGGUGCAGGUUCCAUGGGAGAUUCAAGACAAGAUAGCCCAAGAGGGAGCGUCAUUGAAGGCGAUAAAGCGGCAUGAGGAGCGAUUAGGUACUAAGAACGCGGAGGUUGAUGGACUGAAAUCUACCCUGGACUGACCCCUUUCACAUUGACCUCAUGUUUGUACAUCUAUUCUAUCUGUGUAUGACUAUUUCUUUAUUUGCGUUGUUCUUGCGGAAGCUGAGAGCUUAUACUGUAGCGGUGCAAGCACAGAAUUUCACUCUGCAUCGUCUGCAUGUGCUGCGUGUACAGCCAUUUGGACCCUGGCGUCAAGGAGUUUUGGCGUUUUCAUUUUGGGCUUCCUAAUCAUAGCGACUGUGACGGCAUCAGAGCGCAGUCCUAGAUCUGUCGUUGACCAGCCAUCUGACUUACCAUGGACGUGCGUUCCGCUUCCACCAAAUUCGCUGAGAGGAAUUUCCAAUUUUCCCACCUCUUCAAAUCCUAAUCUGCAGGUGCCGAAGUUCAGCAUACGCUCCCAGGCAAUCAACUUUGCCAGUGACCUACUUUCUGUAUAGAGGGACGCCUAAUGGGGCACCACUUAGAUAGCAGGUCAUGCACUGCUGGUCCGCCUUCUCCAGACCAUGCCGCACCAAGCCUGCACCAAUUCCACGUCGUUGAUGGGAUGGUGCAGUAGCAAGUUGUUCAAGCACUAUAUUCUAGUUAAAUCUCGUUUUUCGGGGAGUUCGAAGUGGCAGACACGAGUCAACGAAGGAUGAGUGUAAGCAUUACCGAAACAAGGUCCUUUUGGCCGAUGAUCUCUCUCCAUCUUCGUCAUCUUUGAGCGAAAAGUCUGACGGAGGGUAAGCUUGAUGCCUUCUGGCAGUGGAUUGGCUGCCCGAGAGCAGUCGAUGCUGGUGUAUGCCUUUGAAGCUUGAGCUCGUCAGUGCACAAAACCGAAGUCCGGAUAAAGAUUGCGGCUGUUCCGCUUCUUUGCAUCUGUAUUUGGGUGACAGAAGCAGGAAUUGGGAGAGUAAAUAACCCACCUUUUCGGACCACACCCAGAUCGCAAACCCAACAAUAACCUCCUUCUUUCCAGGCGGAGUCUCGACCACUUUCAGCGCGGUUGCGUCUUCUCCACAUGCUUCGCAAGCAGCCAACUCAGAUCUAAUACUGUUCACGGUCCAUGCCUGGCGAUCCUGUUUCUUGCAAUUUGCAAACUCCACCGUAAGGCGCUGACUGGUGGAGACGGAGAGCAUGCUAUUAGAUCGUCAGCCAGUUGUACGAUGUUCAAUGCUGCAAUUUGCUUGAACUGCGAAGUUUCGAGGCAAAUAUAUUGGAGCUGAUCUGAUUGCAACUGACAGUGCUCCUAUCUCCUCUGCAUCAUGGGCACUUGCUGGGACUGUCUUGAGAACCAUUGUAGAUCGAUUUCUCGCGAUGUGCACUGAGAAUGGAUUUGGCGUGUAGUAAUAGGGACUCGUGAGUUGCUAACCGAAAUAUCCCUAUGUCUACCAACCAGCAAUCAUCCGUUGUUUUGGCUCCUAUUUAUUUGUUGGCAUUUCAGGCAGCUGGAAUCUUGUGGGUUCCGCUCUUCUCGCCGGCGGGAGCUCGCUUGCGCUCCAGUACCUGCUCUGCCUCUGUUAGAAUAUAGGGACUGUAGGCGUAGACUCAGUACUAUAGGCUAUACUACUAAGUACACUACCCCUUUAUAUAAGAAAUUCUCUCUCUUUAUAGUAGCU